AAUGACGUCAUUGUGAUGUCAGGAAACUCGGGCUUGACUAACCUCCGAAGAAGGAGGAGAGGGGUGGGGAAUGAGCCACUAACGCUUUCUGCUAACGUGAAACAGAAGUCAUUUAUCUGCGGACCCUGUGCUGGUGGCUUAGCCAGUUAGCGCAGACAAGCGUCCACUUAUACUCCCCGGCGCUUGGAUUAACCCACGCUUCUUCGGGAAAACUUUUUGGAGAGCUCACGUGUCAGACUUCCCAUGGCUUGUUUUUCAUCAUCAACUGGUUCAACCUGGACUUUUUUUACCUGUAUAUGGCUACUAUCCAGUUUCUGCCAGUCAGCCAAUGCUCAAACCACAGCAGUCCCAUCUGGAUGUGGGGCGGGCAUAAAUCCCCUAUACUAUUACUUAUGUGACCUCAAUGCUGCCUGGGGCAUUGUACUGCAAGCAGUAACCAGUGCAGGCAUAGUGUCUACUUUCAUUCUCAUGAUUGUUCUAGUAGCCAGCACUCCAUUUAUCCAGAAUAAGAAAAAGAAAAGUCUAUUAGGAACCCAAGUCUUCUUCCUUCUAGGCACCCUUGGUCUCUUCUGUCUUGUUUUUGAUAUGGUUGUCAAGAAAGACUUUGCUACUUGUUCAUCAAGAAGAUUUCUUUUUGGGCUGUUGUUUGCCAUGUGCUUCUCCUGCUUGUGGGUGCAUGGAGUCAGCCUCAAUUACCUUGUAAGGACAAAUGCUCAGCCCAGUGGCUGGUGGGUCUUUGGCCUAGCUAUGUGUCUUUCUCUUGUCGAGGCUAUCAUUAAUACAGAGUGGCUAAUUAUCACCAUUGUACGGACAGCAAACCCUACAAGUGACCCUUGCUCGAUUGUCAAUAAAGAUUUUGUAAUGGCCCUUAUAUAUGUUAUGUUUCUUAUCCUUGCAGGAUUUAUGACAGCCUGGCCAGCUCUGUGUGGUCGAUAUGGCCACUGGAAAAAGCAUGCCAUUUUUAUUCUGUUAACAUUAUUCUUAUCAAUUUCUAUCUGGAUUGUCUGGAUUGUUAUGUAUGUCUAUGGCAAUGUGCAAGUUGGCAACCCCGUGUACUGGGAUGAUCCCACCCUUGCUAUUGCUCUGGCCUCAAGUGGUUGGGCUUUCAUCUUAUUCUACAUCAUCCCUGAGAUCUCCCAGCUGACCAAACCAGCUCUCGAGCAGUCGUUUGAGGAAGAGCCAUACCCAAUAAGAGGGGUGGGCUAUGAAACCAUUUUAAAGGAACAAAGUACCCAGAGAAUGUAUGUGGAAAACAAAGCAUUCUCCAUGGAUGAGCCACCAUCUGCCAAUAAGCCGGUUUCUCCAUACAAUGGAUACAAUGGCCAGGCAGGAAAAAGUGUGUAUCAGCCAACAGAAAUGGCACUGAUGAACAAAGCUCUUCCAGAGCUAUCAUAUGAUGUUGUCAUUCCACGAGCCACAGCUAACUCACCCCCAGCUGCCAGCAGUAACUCCACAUUAAGGGCAGAUGAUGCAUAUGCUGCGCAGAACUUUCACAAUGCAAAUCCUUCAGCCAAUAACAUACAGUCGCAGUCUCCAUACAAGCAAUGGUGAGGUCGCAACACUACAACCACUACUGGAACCCUGGACCUAAUCCCUAAAAUUCCCUAAAGUGUUUAUAUAAUCCUAAUGUCUCAAUUUUACCCUAACGUUUUAGUCUGUAACUCUAAUCUCUAGGUCCUUCUAGCCCUAUUGUACUCUGUAAUCCUCGUUUGUUAUCCACCAUUUAUUCCCUGUUUGCUAUAAUUGCAGUAAAGCACUGCGUAUCUUGACAGCGCUAUAUAAAUAAACGAUGAUGAUCCCCUCUGCCUGCAUACAAA